CCUAUUUGUACAAAGGAAAUGAGCACUAAAGUUACCACUACUGGCGUGACUCUGAAAACUUUACCAUCUGUUAGUGGAAACAAUUCCCAUUCAGGAGAAACACGAGUGCACCCUAAGCAUGAGCCAACUGCUGUCAAAAUAUUUGUAACUCCCACAGAAAAUCAACAGUUUAAUCACCUGGGAAUACAGUUGUUGCAGCUGAUACGUAAUGGUAAUACAAAACAAGCAUUAGAAUUACUUAAUGGCCAAAAUGCAGAUCUAUCUUUUUGUGACCAGGCCGGAUGGAGUGCAAUGCACCAUGCAGCCUGCAGUGGAUUUGUAGAACUAAUAAUACAGCUGAGAGAGAAAGGAGCUUCAGUUGACGCCUUAGAUUAUUCAAAUGAAACAGCAUUACACAAGGCGUCGAGGAAGGGACAUGCUGAAGCAGUUAUAGUACUCGUCACAUUUGGGGCGGACAUUAGUGCUGUAAACAGUAAUGGAGAGACAGCAUUAGAGCUUGCAGUGAAAGCCGUCAAAACUAUAGUUGUAGAAACUUUAUGCAUGCUUGGAGUUGAAGUUUUGUUACAAGACUGGUCGUGGUCGAUGAUUGACGAUAACGAACUGAGUAAGACACAGAAGAAAAUUAUAGAACUGUUGCUUAAGCAGCAUUCUCGCAGUUCUGGAUAUACACAAAAACUUAUUCAGUUUGAAAUAGUCCAUCUAAAAGCCAGAGAAAACAAAUGUCUGGAAAAGCUAGGUGUGGAGGUUAUUGGUAAUGAUGAUGUUGAAGACGAAAAAGUCAAUGAUGGCAUGGAUGGUGACGGCUUUUUUCUUUAUUGUGGUAAGAUGAAGUCAGAAUAUUCUGAUGUCACCAACAGCCUUAAAGACAACAACGAAAUUGUCAGUGAUAUUUAUGAAUGCAGACUGUGGUGUAAUAAACGGAAGACCCUAAGACUGAGUGUACGUCUGAACACUGUUCUAGCAAGCAAUGAGAAUCUCGUGAUUAUGUCCCCUGCUGAAAAGAUCGGUCGAAUAGAUUGUAUUGACAAGUUUACCGAACACAAAAAACAAUCCAAACAUUAUUCUGUCGCAUAUGUCACUCUCAGUGUUAAGACGACGUCAGUAGCAUUCUACUUUGGAAAACAAAUAGAGCCGGAAAAGUUCAACAUCGGUUCGGAAGCUGUAACACUUAAGCCUAAAGGAGAACCUGAAGCUGAAAUAAGUAUUCCGAAAGGUUCCUUUGAAUCAGAAGGACAAAUGUCUUUACAGAUUGUUGAUACCAAAGGAGCGAAUGAAGAAGAAGACGAAGAAUCAGGAGAUUUGUUGACAACAAACAUAGUUGACAUAUCUAUGACUGAUGGUCAGCAACCAAAGGAAGAAAUUGGUAUUAAAAUUCCAAUACAUAACAAGUUGUCCGAGGAUGAUGCGGUAGUUAUACUGGCAACGUCUUGUGAAGCACCUUGUUCUGUUGACGAUUGGGAAACUAUGGAGGCAGAAAUGGACAAAUCUGGCAAAGCUGCUAUUUUUAGGAUACGUCAUUUUUCUAUCUAUGCUGGUUCAUCAAAAGAAAAAGUGAAAAUAGACUUACCCGGUGUUGUCGACGCUUUGGAGAGAACUAUAAACCGACAAAGAAAGAUAGAGUUCAUCUUGCUAACAAAAUGGGUAAAUGCUGACACUUUACUCUUGGUGAUCGAAGGAACCGCUGCCCGGAAAUCAGACAGUAGAAUAAAAUAUUGGGCAAGACAAGGCUAUAAUGAAAAAUCGUUGAAGAGAAGCAUAGAAAGUCGUGUCAAAAAUGGACAAAGAUACAUGUUUACCUUUUUGGGAAAUCUCGUAGAAGUAUCAAGAGAAGAAAGCUUUGCUUUAAUUUUCCAAAACAACAGGGAUAAUUUCCGGAUGUUUAGUAUGUGUUUAGAUGACCCCGACAAACCAUUAAGUGGAGAAGUUAAAAUAUCCCUUGAAAAUGAAGUUGAGCGUAUAAUACCAUUGAAGAAGAGUGGCUUAUUUUCCUGCUGUAGUGCUCAAAAAGUAAAGAAAGUUACAGAUAUCGAGCAUGCAAGCUUGCACACCAUAUCUUAUGAGGUCAUUAAACCAAAAGAACCCGAUCCUCCUAAACCAGAGCCCAAAAAAAUGUCGGAUCAAGCACUGAAUAAAUUGGGGCUAGUCAAAUAUAAAGUGAGUUCUACGAGACAACGAACUUAAAUUUAAAGAUUGGAUGAUGCACAGUAAUUUUGACAUACUUAAUAGUUACCGUGAAUAUCAUGAUCAUAAAUCAAAGCAACCAAAUUGUAUAAUUUUAUAGGAUGAAGAGAGUAAUUCACAGAGGAGGACUUCUUAUUUGUGUAAAUAUUGGAGAUUUCUGUAAACAUUUGAAAGUUGAGACAAUUAUUUUUUGUGAAAAUAUGUAAAUGUCUUUUAUAUUUGUACAAUAGGCAGAACAAAAAUACGAGUACUAAAACAUAAGAUAUUUGUUUGUAUAAUUCAAACAUCAUAUAUUAUAUAACACUUACAUAUAGCAUGGACAGCACGAGUGCUAUUAACAGACCAAGCUCAACAGUUUCCCUUCAACAUUAACUUCGCUUGGUGAUCAAACACAGAUUGAACAUAAGCAUCUCCUAUUUUGGGCCGAUUUUAACUAAUUUUUCUUAAGUUUUCAGGUAAUGAACUUAGUCCAUUUUUUACAACAAAUGCUAGAUGGUAUUUAGUUUGUGUCAUGUUAAUCCAACAGUUUCUAUUCAUCUAAAUUUAAUUUAAUACUUGCAUGUGGUGCAAAAUGGAGAUUUUUUUCGAAUAAAGUUAAGAAAUUAUUUCACAGAUUUUUCGGUCAAUUGCGCUGAAAUUUGUAUUCAAAGAAAACAGCAUUAUUAGUGCACUCAUGGUCUGCUAGGAUUUUCAUUGAAUUACAAGAUUUUAAGGCAGAGUUAUAUAUAUCUGUGUAUUGCAGCUCAUUGGAAUGUAAUUUAUUUCGUGAAAUACCCUAAACAAUAUACAAAUCUUGCUAUAACUAGUUAUAGUUGGCUUAAGUGCUAUACAGAUAAAACCAUUUUUUAGUCUGAAAAUUAUUUUAACUAGCAUAUCUAUGCAUAUUUCAAUCGAUGAAAAUCUUGCACUGGAUUUUUUUAAUCAAUUUUUAACGACGCUGAAGGCUGAUUAAAACGCAGAUCCAGACAAGGUAUUGAUCUUGUUUCCAUAAUGUAAUAAUAGUCUAUUCUUUUCCCUGACAUAAAUGUUGAAUUCCCUCCUUGAAUAUCUCCUUAUUUUGUGUUAUAUGUUUCUAGUUAAUUGUCUUUAUUGUUAAAGUAAUUUAAACACGAACACACCACAUUUUAAUAUGAAUUGUCUAACCAUAGAUUAUACUUUGGAAAGUGAGAAAUUUAUCAAUCCUGUUUUAAAAGAGGAAUAAAGUACUACGUGUAUUUGAAUGCUUAUUUAUUUAAACAUAAUCCUUCUAUUUGGAAGAUUUCGCACAUUUAAUUACCAAAUUUCUAGUUGUUACAAGUGUGUUUUAGAUAGUAAUAUUUCGUUCUAUCACAAUAUGUAUCCAUAUUAUUUUACGCACUUUCAAUAAUUGUUCUAUAAUGAUGUUCGCAAUUGUUUUACUUUCAGUUUUCAAAUGAUCUCGUUUUAUAGAAUUUUGUUUACCAAAAAUAAAGUUUUAACAAGAU